UGAAUCAGCAUACCAUAAAGCCACUUUUUCAGCCCUUUUUGUCCUGAACAAUUUUAGGAUCUCUUUCCUGUACGGACUUUUGUAUCAACACGAGAACCUCAACGUGGCCACACACGAUACUCUACACGAGUUCUUCGGCUAUGGAAAUAUUUCGGCUUUUAUGCACCUGACCAAGAUUUUGAAUGAAGAAUGUCUUUUGGAUGCUAACGGAGGAGACACGUACCUACCAGACCACAGACUUGCUAAACCAGAGACAUCCGAUGCCUACAUGGAGAAGAUGAAGCUGCUGGACAUCCCCAUGUGUUUUAUCGUGGGCCAAAAGAACAUGACCUUCCUACCAAAGGCGACCUUUACAACAUUCGAGCAAUGCUGCACUGCUAACCCCAAUCAAGAGUACACGCACGUCAUCAUCCCAAACUACGGACACAUUGACUGCAUCUUCGGCAGUAGCGCAGCUCGUGACGUUUAUCCACAUAUUCUGGAAGCCCUGGAGAAACAUGCUAUACCAGCACUGUGAGCCAAUUUAACGGGUAAUGGUCAACCAUCGCUUCGCUCACUCAGUGGUUUAUUGGGUUGUUUCUGACACCGACUAUGUCUUAUAAAUGACAUAGUGUACAUUGAAGAAAAAUGGCCAUUUCAGCAUUAUGAGUCCAUAACCGCCAACGCCUCGCCCAGUUGUAGCUUAUGCAACAGUUAUAGUAACCGACCGAUCAUUAAGUGUUUCAUUUACGUUAUUAAUAUAGAGCCAAUACUUUGCAUCGUAUAUUAAACUUAUAAAUGAUUGUAUUACAUGUCGAUAUUUAAGUUAGCGAUUACACGCACACUUUGAAGCGUUUGUCAACUAGUAGGAUAAUUCGAAAGGUCUAGCCUAAAAAUGUCAUAUUUAUGUGGAGAGCUCAUAUAAAUGGUAAAUGCGGAGUAAAAGUUAUCGGUGUUAAUGCCAAAA